AUGGGAUUUCCACAUCUCCACGCCAAAGCGUUCGUUGCGUACAAUAAUGAAGCCAAAAAGGCCUCCCAAAGGAGGGCACAUGGAGGAGGAGGCGGAGGCGGGCGGCGGCGAGCUGACGACGAGCAGCUGGCGGAGCUCCGGGAGAUAUUCCGGUCGUUCGAUCGCAACAACGACGGGAGCUUGACACAGCUGGAGCUGGGGUCCCUCCUCCGAUCGCUGGGGCUGAAGCCGAGCGCGGACCAGCUCGGCCUGAUCCAGCGCGCGGACACAAACUCGAACGGGCGUGAGUUCUCCGAGUUCGUGCCCUCGUCGCGCCGAGCUCGUCCCGCGCGCUCGCCCUACACGGAGGCACUGCGGCGCCUCUUCCGCUUUCGACGCGCGAGCAACGGCUACAUCACCGGCGAGCUCGCCCACUCCAUGGCCAGGCUCGGCCACGCCCCUCACGCCAAGGAGCUCACGGCAUGAUCAAGGAGGCGACACCGACGGGAUGGCCGCAUCAGCUUCCACGAGUUCUCCCAGGCCAUCACCUCCGCCGCCUUCGAUAACUCCUGUCCUGAUUCCCUUCUUCUUCUACUACCGCGCAGUCUCUCUCUCUCUCUCUCUCUCUCUCUUCUUGUUUGUUCCAUUGAUCAUUAGAUAAUGGUGAAAAAACAGAGAAAUGGUGGUUGCUGCUUUUCUCCCUUUCUUCUUUUUUUUUCUUUUUUUUUUUUUU